ACCCCCAACGGAAGUUCUUGAAAAUCGUGGCUUGCAAGCCAAGGACCGCCAUUAAAAUUCGUUUCCUCCUCUGAACCUCAUCCCUCAAAAUAGGCAAAUUGACUACUAUAAAUUCACCCUUCCUUAACCCUAAUCCUUCGUCUUCCAGAUUUUCAUCGAAGCUCGUUUUUCCCAUUUCGUCGCGCUCUUUCUUGAUCUCAAGAUGCAAAUAUUCGUAAAAACUCUCACUGGCAAAACAAUCACCCUCGAGGUGGAAAGCUCAGAUACAAUUGACAAUGUAAAGGCAAAGAUUCAAGAUAAAGAGGGAAUUCCGCCUGACCAACAGAGGCUUAUCUUUGCCGGUAAGCAACUUGAGGACGGUCGUACGCUUGCCGAUUCCAAUAUCCAGAAGGAAUCUACACUUCAUUUAGUGCUUAGACUUCGCGGUGGGAUGCAAAUAUUUGUGAAGACCCUUACUGGCAAAACCAUCACUCUUGAGGUAGAAAGUUCUGAUACAAUUGACAAUGUCAAGGCUAAAAUCCAAGACAAGGAGGGUAUCCCACCUGAUCAACAGAGACUGAUUUUUGCUGGUAAGCAGCUCGAGGACGGCCGAACUCUUGCUGACUACAAUAUUCAGAAGGAAUCUACUUUACAUUUGGUUCUUCGUCUACGUGGGGGUAUGCAGAUUUUUGUGAAAACCUUGACUGGCAAAACAAUUACCUUGGAAGUGGAGAGCUCUGAUACAAUUGAUAAUGUGAAAGCUAAGAUCCAAGAUAAGGAGGGCAUUCCACCUGACCAACAGAGGUUGAUUUUUGCUGGUAAGCAGCUUGAAGAUGGUAGGACUCUGGCAGAUUAUAACAUUCAAAAGGAAUCGACGUUGCAUUUGGUGCUUCGAUUGCGCGGUGGAAUGCAGAUUUUUGUGAAGACGUUGACAGGGAAGACCAUCACAUUGGAAGUUGAAAGUUCAGACACCAUUGACAAUGUGAAAGCCAAGAUCCAAGACAAAGAAGGUAUCCCACCUGACCAACAGAGGUUGAUAUUUGCCGGUAAGCAACUGGAAGACGGUAGGACUCUAGCAGACUACAACAUCCAGAAGGAAUCGACGUUGCACCUUGUGCUUCGGCUGCGCGGUGGAAUGCAGAUUUUCGUGAAGACAUUGACUGGCAAGACCAUCACUCUGGAAGUAGAAAGCUCCGACACCAUCGACAAUGUGAAGGCAAAGAUUCAAGACAAAGAGGGAAUCCCACCCGACCAGCAGAGGCUGAUCUUUGCAGGCAAGCAACUCGAAGAUGGCAGAACUCUAGCAGAUUACAACAUCCAAAAGGAAUCAACUCUGCAUUUGGUGCUUCGGCUACGUGGUGGGAUGCAAAUUUUCGUGAAGACCUUGACAGGGAAAACGAUCACAUUGGAAGUCGAAAGCUCGGACACCAUCGACAAUGUGAAGGCGAAGAUUCAAGACAAGGAGGGGAUUCCUCCAGAUCAACAGAGACUGAUCUUUGCUGGAAAACAAUUGGAGGAUGGUCGGACUUUGGCUGAUUACAAUAUCCAGAAGGAGUCCACCCUCCACCUUGUCCUCCGCCUGCGCGGUGGCUUUUAGGUGGCUCCGACAAGGUCAUAAUGUGCUGGGUUUGUGGUGCUGGCUGUUUUAGAAGUGUAAUAAAACUUGGCUUAAAAGUACUUUUAUUUCAGUGUUUGUUAUUAUAUGAUAUAAUCAUAUAAUAUGCUCGUUGUAAUGGCCUAAUGGGUCAAGACAGCUUCUAGUAUGAAUGUACUAUCUUUUGUUAAGUAAAUAAUGAACACAGUAUUGUGAAUUAAAAAAAAAAAA